GGGCCGGGCCGGGCGAGCGGGGCCGCCGCUGCCGCACCGACAGCCGGAGCACAGCGCCCAGAGCCGCCAGGGCGGGCCCGCCCGCCGCGCCGCAGGUGAAGCAGGAGCUGUAGGAGGAAGACAGUGUGGUUUGCAAUCAUGCCAUUCCCCUUUGGCAAGUCCCACAAGUCUCCUGCAGACAUAGUGAAGAACCUGAAGGAAAGUAUGGCAGUUCUCGAAAAACAAGAUAUCUCUGACAAAAAAGCAGAAAAGGCCACUGAGGAGGUCUCAAAAAACCUUGUUGCCAUGAAAGAAAUCUUGUAUGGCACAAAUGAGAAAGAACCCCAAACAGAAGCUGUGGCACAGCUUGCUCAGGAGCUGUACAACAGUGGUCUUCUUAGUACCCUAGUAGCUGAUUUGCAGCUAAUUGAUUUUGAGGGCAAGAAAGAUGUCGCGCAAAUUUUCAACAACAUUCUCCGAAGACAAAUUGGUACAAGAACUCCCACAGUCGAAUACAUCUGCACUCAACAGAAUAUAUUAUUCAUGCUAUUAAAAGGGUACGAAUCUCCAGAAAUUGCUCUAAAUUGUGGAAUAAUGCUUAGGGAAUGCAUCCGGCAUGAACCACUUGCUAAAAUAAUCUUGUGGUCAGAACAGUUCUACGAUUUCUUCAGAUACGUGGAAAUGUCAACGUUUGACAUCGCUUCUGAUGCAUUUGCCACAUUCAAGGAUUUGCUUACAAGACACAAGUUGUUAAGUGCAGAAUUUUUGGAGCAGCAUUACGAUAGGUUCUUCAGUGAAUAUGAGAAAUUACUUCAUUCAGAAAACUAUGUGACAAAGAGACAGUCACUUAAGCUUCUUGGCGAAUUGUUAUUGGACAGACACAACUUCACAAUUAUGACAAAAUACAUCAGUAAACCCGAAAAUCUCAAACUAAUGAUGAACCUUCUACGAGACAAGAGUCGUAACAUUCAGUUUGAGGCCUUCCAUGUGUUUAAGGUGUUUGUAGCCAAUCCUAACAAGACACAGCCUAUAUUAGACAUCCUUCUAAAGAACCAGACCAAACUUAUUGAGUUCCUCAGCAAGUUUCAGAAUGACAGGACCGAGGAUGAACAAUUUAAUGAUGAGAAGACCUAUUUAGUUAAACAGAUCAGGGAUUUGAAGAGACCAGCACAGCAAGAAGCUUAAUCUCCAAUAAACCUUUAAAAUAUUAAA